AACGCGCCUUAAAUCGACGGCAAUUUCAGCAAGGUCGAACACUCUCAGAUUUCGCCUUCCUUCCGGCUUUCCUGCGCGCUUGACUUUCCAGUUUCCAAGAUCGGAGCCCCGUUCUACCGUGGGUCAGUCUUCUACCGCCCUCUCUCGGAUCCGGUUUUCUUAGUUACAACUUACAAGUCUGGUAGCAUCAUCGCAAGCGCUCUUAAAAAACACAAAAUGUCGUGCUUUGGAUGUUGCGAAGAGAAUGAUAAUAAUCGAACUGCUGCCAGUGGUGGUCCUUAUGUUGCAAGCCAUUCAGCUGGAAAUGAUGGAGCCUAUCUUUCUGCCAAUACUCCUUCUAAGGGUGCCCAAACUGUUAAACCGCAACCUAUUGCAGUCCCAGCUAUUCCUGUUGACGAGAUAAGGGAGAUCACAAAAAAUUUUGGUGAUGAAGCUUUGAUUGGGGAGGGUUCAUUUGGUAGAGUGUAUUUUGGUGUCCUAAAGAAUGAGAGAAGCACAGCUGUAAAAAAAUUAGAUUCGAGCAAGCAGCCAGACCAAGAGUUUUUGGCACAGGUUUCCAUGGUGUCACGGCUGAAGCAUGAGAAUGUCGUGGAGUUGGUUGGUUACAGUGUUGAAGGAAAUCUCCGUCUGUUAGCAUAUGAGUUUGCUACAAUGGGGUCUCUCCAUGACGUUCUUCAUGGACGAAAAGGAGUUAAAGGAGCACAACCAGGACCAGUGUUGUCAUGGCUCCAAAGAGUUAAAAUUGCUGUCGGAGCAGCAAAAGGAUUGGAAUACCUGCAUGAGAAAGCUCAGCCUCAUAUCAUUCAUCGUGAUAUAAAGUCAAGUAAUGUUUUACUCUUUGAUGAUGAUGUUGCAAAAAUAGCUGAUUUUGACCUAUCAAAUCAAGCUCCUGACAUGGCUGCUAGACUUCAUUCUACCAGAGUUCUGGGAACUUUUGGAUAUCAUGCACCAGAGUAUGCAAUGACUGGUCAACUUAGCUCUAAAAGUGACGUGUACAGUUUUGGUGUUGUUCUAUUAGAGCUCUUGACUGGUCGUAAACCUGUGGAUCAUACAUUACCGAGAGGACAACAAAGUCUUGUCACUUGGGCAACACCAAGGCUCAGCGAAGACAAAGUAAGGCAAUGCAUUGACUCAAGGCUAAAUGGAGAGUAUCCACCCAAAGCAGUUGCCAAGUUUGCUGCAGUGGCUGCAUUGUGCGUGCAAUACGAAGCUGAUUUUCGGCCAAACAUGAGCAUUGUCGUUAAAGCUUUACAGCCGCUGCUGAAUACUCGGUCUGGCCACCCCGGUGAAGGCCCCGGAAUGUGAACUCUGAUAUGAUUCAUUGGCUCAGAUUAUGUGUGCAGAGUUAAGUGCAGUCCUAACCUGUAGAUUAUAUAUAUCACCAUUGGUUUCAAAUGAUCAAUUAUUUCAAACCUCUGCCCUCUAGCUUUGAAUAUCCUUUGAUUCAAACGUGCACCUCUAAGUUUGAUCUCGAUUUGCCACAAUAUGGGAAGGAUUGUUUCACAACUUGUAUCUUGCUUUCUUUGUUCUGAAUGCAUCUGUAAAAUGCGAUUCGAUUUUGAA